GGGAAGAGCGGGCCCGCCCAGGUGCGCCGGGGGUUGGGCCGGAGUCCGGAAGGUGUGCCGCCGCGUCCCGGCUCGUCCCCCUCUGCCUCUUCCCCGAGGAAAAGUGAAAGUGUCUGCCAGCCGAGGUCGCGCACUGGGGGGCGGGGCCGGCGCGGACCUGGGAGCGGGCGCCGGGUACUCCAGGGGCCAUGGAUGGGCUCGGCCGCCGCCUCCGAGCCAGCCUGAGACUGAAGCGCGGCCGUGGGGGACCUCCCCAGGAUAAUCUGGGGGAAGUUGUAAAGGAACCAGAAAGGGCCCAGGAGCACUGUCUACCCAACUUUGCCGGAGGGCAGCACUUCUUUGAAUACCUUCUCGUGGUUUCUCUCAAAAAAAAGCCUUCGGUGGAUGAUUAUGAGCCCACAAUCACCUACCAGUUCCCCAAGCGAGAGAACUUGCUUCGGGGACAACAGGAGGAGGAGGAGCGGCUUCUCGGAGCCAUCCCCUUGUUUUGCUUCCCAGAUGGGAACGAGUGGGCCCCACUCACUGAGUAUCCCAGGGAGACCUUCUCGUUCGUUCUGACCAACGUGGAUGGCAGCAGGAAGAUUGGAUACUGCAGGCGCCUCUUGCCCGCCGGCCGUGGUCCUCGCCUCCCCAGGGUGUACUGCAUCAUCAGCUGCAUUGGCUGCUUCGGCUUGUUCUCCAAGAUCCUGGAUGAAGUGGAAAAGAGGCAUCAGAUCUCCAUGGCAGUCAUCUACCCAUUCAUGCAGGGCCUCCGAGAGGCAGCCUUCCCUGCUCCUGGGAAGACCGUCACCCUCAAGAGCUUCAUCCCUGACUCAGGCACUGAGUUCAUUUCACUGACGCGGCCCCUGGACUCCCACCUAGAGCACGUGGAUUUUAGUUCUCUGUUGCGCUGUCUCAGUUUUGAGCAGAUUCUUCAGAUCUUUGCCUCUGCAGUGCUGGAGAGAAGAAUCAUCUUCCUGGCAGAAGGUCUCAGCACACUGUCUCAGUGCAUCCAUGCUGCUGCGGCGCUGCUCUACCCCUUCAGCUGGGCCCACACCUACAUCCCUGUUGUCCCCGAGAGCCUUCUGGCCACUGUCUGCUGCCCCACUCCCUUCAUGGUUGGAGUCCAAAUGCGCUUUCGGCAGGAGGUUAUGGAGAGCCCCAUGGAAGAGGUCCUGUUGGUGAAUCUUUGUGAAGGAACCUUCUUAAUGUCAGUUGGCGAUGAAAAAGACAUCCUACCACCCAAGCUUCAGGAGGACAUCUUAGAAUCUCUUGGUCAGGGGAUCAAGGGGUCACAGACUUCUGAACAAAUCAAUGAGCAUGUUUCAGGCCCUUUUGUGCAGUUCUUUGUCAAGACUGUGGGCCACUAUGCUUCCUACAUCAAGCGGGAAGCAAAUGGGCAAAGCCACUUCCAAGAACGGGCCUUCUAUAAGGCUCUGACCUCCAAGGCCAACCGCCGAUUUGUGAAGAAGUUUGUGAAGACACAGCUCUUUUCCCUUUUCAUCCAGGAAGCUGAGAAGAGCAAGAACCCUCCUGCAGGCUAUUUCCAACAGAAAAUACUUGAAUACGAGGAACGGAAGAAACAGAAGAAACCAAAGGAAAAGACUUUGAAAUAAGAGCUGUGGUGAACAGAAGUGACUAGACCUAUAGGCCAGUUGUGGACUUUGGCCCCUGCCAGCAUGGUAGGAUGUGAAGCUUUCAGCCCCCAGAAUCCACAGCCUUCUUCCGAGUCCUGGUAACCAGGUCUUGCUUCAAGUUGGUGUCUUGAGUUUGGGAUCCCUGGAAUCAGCUUUCUCAAGACUUUGGAAGGCUCUGACCUCUGUGCUCACAGAGCUGGGCACAAAGCUGCCUUUCCUGCAGAGGUGACACCGGGCAGCAAACAGUGGUAGAGGUGUUGUAGAGUCUUAGAAGUUGCUGUAACUGCCCUCUCCCAGGAACCUCUCUUACAAAAUCCUCAACAGAGAAAGCAGUUGUGGCCCAAAGGCUCAGUUUCUCCACAUAAAAGAAGAGGUCUGUGGACAUGUGAGGAUAAGAAUAAAGACGAAAAUCUUCUUGUUCUUUAAA